UUGUGGUAUCAUCCUUACUACCUACUAGUAUACUCAAUCUCCAAUUUAACUAUGAAUUCAAAUAUCUGUCUUAAUUAUAACUAGUAUAUUAUCAAUUAACAACAGUGAAUUUGAUUGUUUAUCAUUAGUUUCAUCUAGGGACUUUAUUAUUUUUUUAAUAAACAUCUUUCUCUGUGAUUCUUCAAUACUUUUUACGUGAAUUGAAACAUCAUUUCUGCUAAAACUAUUUUAUCUGUUGGGUUGUGCAUCAUGUGACUACGGAUCUCUUGAAAAUUAUACACAUGUGGGUGAAGUUUUACUUCGUUAAUGCAUUGAUUUUAGAUCCCUCGUGGGAAGGAUAAAUAUCGAGGGAAGGAUGCUACAAUUGUGGACGAAAGCAAUACGAUGAUGUGGAUAACUUGGCCACGAACCAGACGAAAGUGGCGUGAUCCUGGUGGACAAUGGACAAAUAUCAUUAGGAUCAUUUAUUUAGUUAUUUUAGCAGAUCAGAUGGUGCUACGAGAAGCUAAAGGUACUCAGUGUCCACCACCUGAGACAAUACCAGGAUGUCCAUGUUAUAAUUUUGAAGAUGGACUUUUCCUUGAAUGUGCUGGUGCUACUGAAGAUUCUUUGAGGCUUGCAUUAAGUGGAGUUCUUAGUGUUGCUGGCUCCGAAGAAGCAGUGGUGCAGUCAUUGAGCAUCUACGAGCUGGAUCGUAAAAUAGAGGAGCUCAAGGCAACAGUAUUUCCUUCUGGAACACAGAUACGACAUCUACAAAUAUCCCACUCAAGUAUUCGUGAAAUAAAUGAGGAUGCAUUCGUGAAACUCAGCCAAAGUCUUGAAUCACUUGGUCUCGUAUCUGGACGACUUCAACAAGUGCCACAGAAAGCUCUUGCUGUGCUAACCCAUCUUAAUGCACUAGAUCUCGAAGUCAAUCACAUUCACGAGCUCCCUAGUUACAGUUUUUUUGGCCUAUCUUUGAUCAAGCUAAACCUCAAGGGUAAUCAAAUAAGCAAGAUAUCAGAGUAUGCAUUCGCUGGACUAGAAGCUACUCUCACUGAUCUUGAUUUAGCUGAAAAUAAAAUUAGGAUAUUCCCAAUGACAGCACUCAGGAGAUUAGAACGUCUAACAUCAUUGCGGUUAGCUUGGAAUGAAGUAUCUCAAUUACCUGAAGAUGGAUACUCACGUCUAGAUGCGCUCAAUUUUUUGGAUUUAAGCAGUAAUAACUUUGAAAAAAUUCCAUUAAAUUGCUUUCGUUGUAGUCCAGCAUUGAAGACUCUUUCCCUUUACUACAAUGCUAUUGAAUCAGUGGAUCCAGAUGCUUUUAUUUCACUGACUCACCUUGAAUCCAUUGACUUGAGUCAUAAUAAAAUCGUCUUUUUAGACAUUGCCAUAUUCCGUGCCAAUAAGAAACUAAGAUCAAUUGAUCUUAGUCAUAAUCAUAUACAUUAUAUAAAAGGAGUUUUUGCAAAUUUGCCUGAACUAAAAGAAUUAUUUCUAGCAGAAAAUAAUAUUCUUGAAAUACCAGCUGAUACUUUUUCUGGAAGUAUUAGCCUUUCAGUUGUGUAUCUACAACAGAAUGCUAUUAGACGAAUAGACUCACGUGGUCUAGCUACUCUUAGCCAGUUGGCCCAACUUCAUCUUAGUGGGAAUUACAUCUCCAAGGUGCCUCGUGAUUUUCUUGAGCAUUGCGAAAACCUUUCAACUCUUUCAUUGGACGGUAAUAACAUUCGCGAACUCGAGGUGGGUACUUUUGCCAAAGCGAAACAACUGAGAGAGCUACGUUUGCAGGACAAUCAAAUUACUGAGGUUCGACGAGGCGUGUUUGCGCCUCUACCUUCACUUCUGGAAUUACAUCUCCAGAAUAAUGCAAUCACAGACAUGGAGACGGGAGCUCUGAGAUCACUUCACAGCUUGCAGCAUGUCAAUUUACAAGGCAACUUAUUAGCAGUUCUCGGGGAUGUGUUUCAAGUAUCAAGUGAUGUGGGACAAAAUGGAGGAGUUGGUGGAAGUUCUCUUGUUUCCAUUCAAUUGGACAAUAAUGGACUUGGUGUACUUCAUAAUGAUUCAUUGCGCGGCCAAGCAUCAGUCAGGAUCAUGUGGUUAGGUCAUAACAGAUUAACUAGACUUCAAGCGCCGCUAUUUCGUGAUUUACUUCUCGUUGAAAGACUAUAUCUCACGAACAAUUCUAUUUCACGCAUUGAAGACACUGCAUUUCAGCCAAUGCAAGCACUUAAAUUUCUCGAGUUGAGCAUGAAUCGAUUAAGUCAUGUCACAGUAAAGACCUUUUCUGAAUUACAUGAGCUUGAGGAACUCUACCUACAGGAUAAUGGUCUAAGGCGUUUUGAUCCUUAUGCUCUUACAGCCCUCAAGCGUCUUCGCAUUCUCGACCUGGCAAAUAAUCACUUGAAUAUUCUCCAUAAUACUAUCUUUCAAGAAGGACUACCUAUACGGACAUUGAACUUGAGAAAUUGUACAGUUAGUGUGAUUGAACAAGGAGCAUUCAGAGGACUUAAUAAUCUUUAUGAGCUUAAUUUAGAAUAUAACCACUUAACAGCUACUGCAUUAGACCGUCUUGAUAUUCCAGGAUUACGAGUGCUCCGUAUUUCCAACAAUAAUUUUAGCCAAAUUAAUAGUGAGUCGCUUGAUGGUUUGCCAUCACUCCAACAAUUAUCUAUGGAGUCAGCUCAAAUACAUCGAAUUCCUGGUGAUAUUUUCUCGAAAAAUAAAAAUCUUAUAAAAUUACUUCUUGGAAAUAAUUUAUUACGCUCACUUCCCGGGAUAUUAUUUUUGGGUUUGGAAUCUUUACGAGAAGUCAAACUUGAUGGUAAUCGUUUUCAAGACAUACCUUAUGAAGUAUUUAUCAAUGCAACUUCUAUCGAAUUUCUGUCAUUGGCGAACAAUGUUGUAUUACAUGUCGACGUUUCAAGACUAAGUGGAUUGACAAAUCUUCGUGAAUUAGAUCUUCGUGGAAACUUUAUAAUGUCUUUAUCAGGAUUUGCAGCAGCCAACUUCUCUAAAUUAUUAUCCAUCGAUCUCAGUUACAAUCAUCUCACUGCCCUCCCUGCUAACUUCUUCGCUCAUGCUACUCAACUGCGCAAGGUUGAAUUAGCGGGAAACAAAUUUCGCCAAAUACCCAGUGUAGCAUUAUCUGCUCAAAAUAUUCCAAGUCUCGGAUGGUUGAACAUGACUGCCAAUCCACUAACAAGAAUCCACGAAUUUAGUUCAGAGGCAAGGUAUCCAUCUCUCCAAGAGAUUCAUAUAUCUGGUACAAAUUUGACUAUUGUCACAAGUCAAGAUUUUGAAGCUUUUCCAGCUCUUUUACAUCUCUUCAUGGGCAGAAAUUUAAUAUCACGUAUAUCACCAAGUGCAUUUCGUGGAUUACCAAAAUUGUUAACACUUGAUCUAAGUGCCAAUGCACUAGAGCUAGUGCCACAAGAAAGAAUGAAGGGAUUAGAACAUUUGAAACUUUUGAAUCUUACACACAAUCGUUUGAAAGAGUUGGAAGAUUUCCCAAUGGACUUAAAGUCUCUUCAGAUACUUGACCUUUCGUACAAUCAAAUAAGCACGAUAGGAAAAAAUACAUUUCAGUACCUGGGCAAUCUAGCUGAGCUUCACCUUUACGACAACAAGAUAUCGUCCAUAUCACCAGAUGCAUUCAAGCCUCUCAAGAAACUUCGUAUACUCGAUCUUAGUCGGAAUUAUUUGGCGAACUUGCCAUUGAAUGCAUUUCGUCCCCUAGAGACACAAAUUCGAAGUCUUCGAGCAGAAGAGAAUCCUCUUCACUGCGGUUGUGAAUCUCAGGAGCUCUGGGAAUGGCUAAGAGACCACCAGAAACUUGUUGGUGGUGGUGUUGGACGUCAUAGAAGCAGUGGGAUGGGAGUCAAUGAUGUAGAGGGUGGACUAUUGCGGUGUGAGCAACCCCCUGAGCUUCGUGGUCUCGUUUUCCUAGAUCUCGACCCUCAUGCCUUUUGUUCAACACCGCUUGUUCUAAAGCUGGCUAUUCACGAUAUCCAACCGUUCUCCAUGCUUGUAUCUUGGCAAAGCCGCAAUCAUAGCGGGGUACAUGGUUAUAAAGUCGCUUAUAAAACUCUAGACAACCCUGAAGAGGCACUAGGAUGGAUAUUGGGUCCAAAUGCUCGAUCGUUGAGGCUCACCAAGUUAUUUUCCAAUACGAGAUACUUGAUUUGCGUAGUGGGUUUGGGAAAUUGGCUGACAAGUGUUGAGGAGAGUAACGUAAUCAACCAAUUGAAUGCGUCGCGGGACGACGUAUACGAAGCAACAUCAUUACCUGAGAUGGUAGACUCAGCGACAAGUAGAUGUGCUGAAGCGAAGACACUUGAAGUACCAAAUGCAAUAGUUGUUAGUAGUGAUGGUGCUCCCAUGAGUGAUGCUAGCGGUGUAACAAAUAUUCUCACAAGGAGAUUAGGCCUAAUUGUUGGCUGUUGUAUGGGUUUUGUUGUUUUCAUACUCCUCGUUUCCGUUCUUGGCUAUUUAAAAGUCAAGAAACAGAGAGAGGCGGUGAAACGCGAUCAACAGCCUGUGCCUCCAGAAUAUAUAUCUUAUCGACACUUUAGCAUCCAAAGUGGUGAGGCCGGUAAUGCAGCACGAGCUGCUGCUAAUCAAGAAGCUCAACAUCAAGGUUUUAUUAACAACGUGCAGGGUAGUACGAACCUUAAUGUAUAGCGUCAAGUUAGUGGUUCUGGUGGUGACACGGCCAGCGCGAUCACGAACGUUUAAUUCACCAGAACCUCUAUUAUAUACGCUGGAAAAUCACGUUGCCCUCCACUUCCUUCUUUGGACAAUACAUGUGUAAAAUGAUUAUCAUAUUAGACUCUGUGCAAAUAAAACAAACACCUUAAGUGUGUGUCUAUCUAUUUGUGAAUUAUUUAAUCUAUUCACAAAUAUAUUAUUUGUUUAAGAGAAAUAAAAACGAUAAAUUCAUUAUUGUGAUUAUAAAGUGAAAGAAGAUAGGAGAAAAUUGAACUUAAAAAUUUUUUUAGAAAUUUUUUACAUAUAUUUUAAGUGCUAAAACUCGUCAGAGUUGAUAAUUUAGAAAUGGUAAUUAUUUAU